AUGGUGCCUGUCGUCCCGGCACCUGGAGCCUACUUUGCACCUCACCAACUCAAAAUCGACGAGCCUAUUCCGUAUGUGUUCGGCAACACCUCGGAAGAUACUGAAAAGAAUCAAACUCAACAGUACACCCAGAUCAAGAAGUCUUUCUUCCAGAUCGUCAUGCGCGAGUGGCCUUCUCAGCAGUACAUCCAGAUCAAGAAGUCUUUCUUCCAGAUCGUCAUGCGCGAGUGGCCUUCUCAGCAGUACGCCCAAAUCAAGAAGUCUUUCUUCCAGCGCGGAGAAACCCGCUUCGACCUCGGGGACGUCUUCUUCUAUCGACAACACGCAACUCCACCUAUGUUUCACGAAAACAAUGACUGCCAUUUCCUAUGGGAUCUGGUUCUUCUGAAAGCAGGGGAGUCGAUCUGA